AAGAAGGCGGAGAGGUGGCCCUCGCAGCCGCGCGGCUUCCUCCCGGGGCCUCCCGGGGCGCGUCGGCGGCUCGGGAGCCUCCCUUCCCUGGGAACCGAUCCAAGGGAGCUUCGCUCCUGGCCGCGGGGGAGGCACUCUGCACGCGCUCAGGGCCCCUCACCGUCGCUCGGCGGAGGGCAGGGCCGGAGCAAGCGAGCGGCCGCCCAGCCCGCCCGACGAGCAGCAGCACGUGCUUCCCGCCUCAAGCCGUUUAAAGGGCCGCCCCGACGGCCGUGGCGCGCCGGAUCCGCCUGCGCCCUGGCCGGGCUGCUGCUGCCACCGCCGAGCUGGGCGCCAGGAUGCGGCUCCCGCCGGCCCCGAUCCCCUUGCUCUUCCCCAUGCUGUUGCUGCUGCUGCUGGCGGGAGAGCCCUGGGCCCGCCGGGCGUCGAGCCGCGCCGCCGCCUCCUGCCCGCAGCAGCAGCAGCCGCCCCAGCAGCGCCGGCUCAGCGGGCGAGAGCGGCGCGAGAUGCAGCGCGAGAUCCUGGCCCUGCUGGGCCUGCCGGGCAGACCCCGGCCCCGGACCCGGACGCGACCCGCCCCGACGGGCACCAAAGCCGCCGCCCGGCAGCAGCAGCGGCAGCCGCCCUCGGCCGCGCCGCUCUUCAUGCUCGACCUGUACCGCGCGAUGGCAAGCCAGGACGACGACGACGACGACGACGCGGAGGAGGGCAGCCCCUGGACGCCGAGCUGGGCGAGGAGCCCCCCGCGGAGCCGGGCCGCCGACGGCGCCGACACCGUCAUGAGCUUCGUCAACCUGGUUGAACUAGAUUGGGACAUCUUCCACCAGAAGCCUUAUUGGAAGGAAUUCAGGUUUGACUUGACACAGAUCCCAACAGGGGAGUCUGUAACAGCGGCUGAAUUCCGAAUUUACAAGAUGCAAAGCUUCAGUUGGCAUGUCAACAAAACCCUUCACGUCAGCAUAUAUGAGAUUGUCCAAGAACAUUCUAACAGGGACUCAGACCUGCUUCUCUUGGAUCUCCAGGAUAUCCUGGCUGGGACAGAGGGCUGGCUGGUGUUCGACGUCGCAGCUGCAAGUAAUCACUGGCUGUUACACCGCAAAUACAACUUGGGCUUGAGGCUCUAUGUGGAGACAGAGGACGGACAGAGUGUUGAUCCUGGAUCAGCUGGCCUCUUGGGUCGCCGCGGACCGCGCUCCAGGCAGCCCUUCGUGGUGACAUUUUUCCGGGCAAGCCAAAACCAAGUCAGAGUCCCGCGUGCAGCCAAGCACCUGAGGAAGAGGCAGCACAAGAAGAGCCACAACUUCCCGCACUCAAACAGGCUCCCAGGAGCGUUUGAUGAUGUCCACAUUUCUGAAGGGCGGCAGGUGUGCAGAAGGCACGAGAUGUAUGUCGACUUUCAAGAGCUUAAAUGGAUGGACUGGGUGAUUGCCCCGCGGGGCUACUCCGCCUUCUACUGCGCAGGGGACUGCGCUUUCCCUUUGGACUCCUGCAUGAAUGCUACAAAUCAUGCCAUCCUUCAGUCCCUGGUUCACCUGAUGAAGCCUGAAACAGUCCCCAAGGCCUGCUGCGCACCCACCAAGCUCAGUGCCACCUCCGUCCUCUAUUAUGACAGCAACAACAACGUCAUCCUCAAGAAACACCGCAACAUGGUGGUCAAGACGUGUGGCUGCCACUGAUGCCUGGGUGGACAUUGGACUGCUGCUGCAUGCAGGAAAGAGGCAGGAGGGAAGCCCUGGCAGUCUGCGGGCCCUGAGCACCUGUUGGAGAGGACGGGGACUAAAAUCUUGCCACUAUGCAGUAAGUGAAGGAGUCGGCUCUUCUUGCCUGACCUUGAGCUGACACAGACUCGGGCUGUUUGGCUGGAGGUCAGUUGGUUCACAUCCUCAACAAACUGAACAAUCCCCCACAGAGGAACCUUUGCCAAGCAAACUAAAACAUGAUCUGGCUGCACUCAUAGGCCUGUUUUGUAUUCUGUGCCAAAACCCCGCCCAGUUCCUGCACUGUAAAUUAAAUUAAACUUUAAAAGCCAUGGUAGAGAAGCAUGCAAAUUA